AUGUCUGAUACGGACACAUGGAAGGCCUCAUUGAAGCUAUGGCACACAAUUCGGACAUGGACCUGGAGAACCAUUUUGGGCGACCGAUUAUUCUUACAAUUUGACGGACCAGCUACGAUUCUGGUACAAUCUCGCGCUUCAAGAAUUGCCGACGCCUUGACUACUCAGCAAGUGAACGAGAUCGCCGAUGCUCCGCCAGGUGUUACUCAAGAGGCUGUGCGCAAAGCAGCAGCGAAAUCGGGUGAAGCGGAGGCCGCUCCGAAGGCCAAGGAUGAUUUGAUAUCCAAGACUGCGGUAUCUGGUCAGAGCUUUGCAAGCGUCAUGCGUGACGGAAAAGUCGAAUUCCACCAAACUGGAGAUAGCCAGCGAAAAUAA